AUGCGUUUCUUCGCUGCUGUUCUGGCUACCCUCGCCGUGGGCGCCAUCGCUGCCGACGCCGUUGCGGAUGAGGAAUACAGCACCGUCAUGGUCACCGAGUACACCACCUACUGCCCCGAGGCCGCUUCCACCCCCGUCCCCGAGGCUUCCUCCAGCGCUGCCCCCUCCAUCACCGUCUCCAACGGCGUGACCUACUCCAUCUCUCGGCCCCUGAUCACCUCGACCAUCACCCGCUGCAACAAGUGCCCCUCCUCCACCCCCCUCAUCCACACCCCCUCCAGCAGCUCCAUCGUCGUCGCCCCGACUUCCCGUCCUGUCAUCCCCUCGGGUGCAGGCGCCAAGUCCACCGGCUCCCCCGUUCCCACCACCCCCGUCACUCCCCUGGCGACUGGUGCCGCCUCGCGCGCUGCCGUCGGUGCCGGCGCGGGUCUGGCCGGUGUUUUUGCCCUGGCUGCUUACCUGCUGUAA